AUGGGCGCCACGGUGCGGAACGCGUCGGGGUACCUCAACAGCCUCAAGGUGAGCGGCGUGUGCGAGGCGGCGGCGCGGGCGCUCAUGGCGGAGAUGACCGUCAACCAGCUCUCCGACCUCGCCGCCUUCGGGACCAUGGGCAAGAUCUGCUCUGAGGUGCUCGACACCACGCUGCAGGCUUUGCAUGUCAACGUGAAUCUGCACGAAUGA